CACCACAAGAACACUUAAGCUCCACUACAACAAGGGAGAGGAGAGAACACGAUGGCCACUUCAUCAGUCCUCCUCCCUGUGCUCCUCCUGGUGGCCGUCGCCGGCGCGGAGGCGGCGACCUUCACGGUGAUCAACAAGUGCCAGUACACGGUGUGGGCGGCGGCGGUGCCGGCCGGCGGGGGCAGGAAGCUGGACGCGGGGCAGACGUGGAGCAUAGACGUGCCGGCGGGCACGACGAGCGGGCGGGUGUGGGCGCGCACUGGGUGCAGCUUCGACGGCGCCGGCAACGGGCGGUGCCAGACGGGGGACUGCGGCGGGAAGCUGCAGUGCACGCAGUACGGGCAGGCGCCCAACACGCUGGCGGAGUUCGGGCUGAACAAGUACAUGGGCCAGGACUUCUUCGACAUCUCCCUCAUCGACGGGUUCAACGUGCCCAUGUCGUUCGUGCCAGCACCCGGCACCUCCGGGUGCCCCAAGGGCGGGCCGCGGUGCCCGAGGGUGAUCACGCCGCAGUGCCCCAACGAGCUGCGGGCCGCCGGAGGGUGCAACAACGCGUGCACGGUGUUCAAGGAGGACCGGUACUGCUGCACCGGGUCGGCGGCCAACAACUGCGGGCCGACCGACUACUCGAGGUUCUUCAAGGGGCAGUGCUCCGACGCCUACAGCUACCCCAAGGACGACGCCACCAGCAUCUUCACCUGCCCCGGCGGCACCAACUACCAGGUCAUCUUCUGCCCAUGAGCUGGAGCCUAGAAGUAAGCGGCCAUGGAAGAGGUCUCCAGCAGAUAGACAAGAAUAAGUCUAUGUCUAUCCGAUCUUAUAUAUCAAAAUAAGUGCAACUGGAUGCAUACAUUCGUAUGCACAUGUAAGCCAGAAAUGGAUGUAUUCGAUCGACGAGAGUAAUAAAGUCGUGCAUGAAUAAAA